GAAAAGCAGAAUCUGGGAACACGGAUCUUUAGAGAAGGGACGUGAAGGCAACAUGACGUCAAACAGUUGCGACGCACGUGUGAGCUGCUAGAGAGGAGAGAUGGCCGCUGAGAGGAUUCAGUUCCAUGAGAUGGGAUUAGACGACCGUCUUCUAAAGGCGGUUGCAGAUCUGGGUUGGUCCCAGCCGACUCUGAUCCAGGAGAAGGCCAUCCCUCUGGCCCUGGAGGGGAAAGACCUUCUGGCUCGAGCUCGGACCGGAUCUGGAAAGACUGCAGCUUAUGCUGUACCCGUCAUCCAGCGCAUCCUGGCCUCCAAACAGAGCGUUCGUGAGCAGGAUGUGAGAGCUCUGAUCCUGGUUCCAUCCAAAGAGCUGGGUCAGCAGGUCCAGACCAUGAUGAGACAGUUAACGGCGUACUGCUCCAGGGACGUCCGAGUGGCCGACAUCACCGGGAAAGCUGACCUGUCGGCACAGAGGCCAAUCUUAAUGGAGAAGCCCGACGUGGUCGUGGGGACGCCGUCCCGCGUGCUCGCCCACCUCAACGCCCAGAACCUGGUCCUGCAUUCGUCCCUGGAGAUGCUGGUGGUCGAUGAGGCCGACCUGCUCUUCUCUUUUGGCUUCGAGGCGGACCUGAAGAACUUGUUGUGUCAUCUGCCGAAGAUCUACCAGUCGUUCCUGAUGUCGGCUACUCUCACCGAGGACGUUCAGGCCUUAAAGGAGCUGCUGCUGCACAACCCUGUGAUCCUGAAGCUGCAGGGCUCUCAGCUGCCAGACAGCAGCCAGCUGCAGCAGUACAGCAUCAAGUGUGAGGAGGAGGACAAGUUCCUGCUGGUCUACACGCUGCUGAAGCUGCGUCUGGUUCAGGGGAAGACACUGGUGUUCGUUGGAGCCGUGGAGCGAUGCUACAGACUCAAACUGUUCAUGGAGCAGUUCGGUAUUCCUGCCUGCGUCCUCAACUCGGAGCUGCCCGUCCAGUCCAGGUGUCACAUCAUCACCCAGUUUAACCAGGGCUUUUACGACUACAUCAUUGCCACAGAUGAGCAGAGUCUGGCUGACCCCACUGCCGCUCCGCAGACGACUGCAGGCAAAGGGAAGAAGAAGAAGAGCUCAGAGAGAGGAGGAAAGACGAAGGACAAGGAGUACGGAGUCUCCAGAGGUGUGGACUUCCAAAAUGUCGCCAACGUCGUCAACUUUGAUUUCCCCACAACCGUCGAGUCGUACAUCCACCGAGUCGGAAGAACGGCGAGAGCAGACAACCCAGGAACCGCUCUGUCUUUCAUCUCUCACACGGAGCUCCAUUUGCUGUCGGAGGUGGAGGAGGCGCUCACCGGAGAUAAUACUGAAUCUGUUCUGAAACCUUAUGAGUUUAAGAUGGAGGAGAUUGAAGGCUUCAGGUACAGGUGCAGGGACGCCAUGCGGUCCGUGACGAAGCAGGCAGUGAAGGAGGCCAGACUGAAGGAGAUCAAACAGGAGCUGCUCAACUCAGAGAAACUGAAGACGUAUUUUGAGGACAACCCCAGAGACCUUCAGCUGCUCCGACACGACAAAGACCUCCAUCCUGCUGUCAUCAAACCGCACCUGAGGAACGUACCCGAGUACCUUAUCCCCGAGACUCUGAAGGGCGCCGUGAAUCCGCUGCUGAACCGGAGGAAGAGGAAGAUGAAGAUGAAACCUAAACCGGAGGGAGUCGUCAAGAGCAGCUUCAAGAAGAACAUCCCGGGGAGGAACCCGCUGAAGAGUUUCCGAUACAGCGGAGGGAGGAACAGGAAAGGGAAAGCCGGCCAGUCGUAGCUGCAGUCAGUCCUGGAUCUUAUAACUAAUAAUAAAGAGACUUUAAUAACGAAGAGGACGCUUCUGUGUCAGUGUUGUCCCAGACGAGACGAAUAUAAACUGGAUGGACUCUGGAUGGAUGAAACGGACCAUAAACGCUGACUUGUGUGAGCGUUGAAACGAGGAAAACGCAGGAAACAUCAGUUUGAAGUUGGAUAAUCUAACGUACGUAGAGGAAUACAGUAUCUGUAUUAUUUCUAAUGCAUCUGUUCUGGAAAUGUUUAUUAUAAUAAAAUGAUUUCUUCUCAAA